UUUCGUUGGCCUCACGCGAAAACGGUUUCUCACAUUUUUCAGGCUUUAAGUAGGGCCGCUUAUUAUUGAAUAUCGGAAAAAUGGGGAGGUUUCGGAGAGUGGCGGAGGAGUUUGAUCAUGUGGUUGCCAAGGUUAGGGACUGCGACAGCAGCGGCAGCGAGCACUCGUCGGAGACAGUGAACAAGGAUUUGUCUGAUUUGGUAAAUUCAUAUAUUGAGAACGGCGAUGGCGUAGUAGACACAGACUUUGAUAUGAAAAUCAAAGAUGAAUGUAAUUCUGAUGAGAUUGAUGAUGAUACGGAGGAAGCUAAGGAAUCACUGGAGAGAUUAUUUCGAACUCAAAAGGGUGAUCCUGUGAAGAAAGAUCUUCUUUUUGAAGUUGAAAAAGCAUGGCGGCGCGUCACGGAAGUUAACUCAUCGCCACCGGUGCCAGGAUCUAAACGGCUGUUAAUGGCUCGUCUCCGUGAUCAGGGUCUUGACGCCGGUCUUUGCAAAUCCAAGUGGGAAAAGAAAGGCCGACUUAUCUCCGGUGAGUACGAAUACGUCGACGUUAAUGUCGUCGGAACUCGUUACAUAGUCACCAUAUCUCUGUCAGAAGAAUUCGAGACAGCCCGGCCUACUGAUAACUACACUUCGUUGCUCGAGAUUCUCCCUCAAAUUUCAGUUUGCAAAGUGGAGGAGAUGAAAGAGGUGGUGAGAAUAAUGUGCAGAGCUGUUAAGAAGACGAUGAACCAAAGAAAAAUGGCGGUCCCACCAUGGAAGCGACGGGAGUACGUCCAAGCUAAAUGGUUUGGUACUUAUAAAAGAACCACUAAUGAGUUCUCUACUAAAAACACGACAGAUUUGAAUGUAAAUGAGAAUAAAAUCGAAGGGUUUAUGUGGACGCCUGAAACUUGCUGUCAUGGACGCACAUACGAUUUUGCUAGGAAUGGACUUGGCUCGAAAAUGGGCAGUUUGACCAUGAUAAUGAACGGAGCAUGUUAAGGUAGUUUUGAUUGUAGUUAAAGUAAUUAUUAGCUAUAAGAUAAGAUAAGAUUGAUUGUUAAAUAUGUUUUGGGGGGAUUUUGACUUUAGAUAUCUCAUUGUAAAUUCAUUUAGUUCAUUGAGAACGUGGAUGUAAAAUAACCAAUUUGGUUUAAAAUUGUUUAGUUUAGUUCAUUAUUUUCCGUACUUACUUC